AUGACAUUACCUAAUGACAGUAGGCUGUCAGUAGUUGCUGUCAAAAACAACAUUUACUGGAUGGAAAGCAAGAUAUGCGUGUGCGGUGACAAACUUUUCAGUAAACAUCAACAAGUUGAAUCAAAUCUUUGUGAAAAGUGCAGAAAUGACAAAUCGAAAACUUGCGGUUCUAGCAAAACAUUUUCUCUUUACAAAAGACAGAACUUGUUCAACUUCAGAAACGACGCCGUCAGUUAUCACUUCUGCAUGAAUGAAGAAGUGAUUCCAAGUGAUUGUACACCAGGCCAAUGUACGCCUGGAUGGACUGGAGAGCUUUGUGAUAACAGAGAUUGUAACGUUGAAAAUGGAGACUGUGGUGUCAAUGCUUCGUGUGUUGCUAAUAAAUGGGGGCAGAAGCUCGUAACAGAAUGCCAAUACAAACACAAACAGGGCUUGACCAAAGAUGGAAAAAUUCAAGCUGCAAAUUUUGAAAAAUUUGCAAACAGUGAACCAGAUAAAAAAAAUCUCAACAUUAAAAGGCAGAUCGUUUUGAACAAAAAAAGAAUUAUUUCCAAACAGGCGCUUGAAAAUGUGAAUGAUGAAUUUUGUGCCAUUGUUCACAAAGUAGUUAUGGAUCAAGCGAUUAAUAGUUUAAAACAGAGAUUCUCUGAGCAUGAUUUUUCUAGAGCUGAAACAACCAUGGCAGAAUACAUCGGCUGCUAUGCAUUUGUUGUAUACAGCUUCGUCAAGCCAGUUUACAGAUUGAAUAUAUGUGUGAAAUUCUGUGGAGAGGAUAAAAAGAGCUAUCUCUUUGGACUUAACAACGGAACAAUGUGUUUCUGCGUUGAAAAAGCUUCCUACCCAGUAACAAGUAAACUUUGCAAUAUGUCAUGCAGUGACGGUGUUGAGAAAUGCGGAGGCAAACAAUUUUAUUCCGUUUAUCAGACAAAUCCUGCCAAAUUGAACGAGCGUGCAUUGGUCGAUGCUGGAUCCGUGGUCCCUGACGAUGCGAAAGUAUUUGAACAUUUGAAUUCAUUGACCAUUGAGUUAUGCAUGAGGAUCUGUGCUGAGAAUUUCUUUUCAUUGGCAUAUCUCACAGCGGCAGAUGAGUGCAAGUGCAGCUCUAGAGAUAAGGAAACGUGUGGUCACCCCAACAACUAUGAACAAAACUGCAAUGUAUACUGCCGUGGUAAUGACGCUCAGAAAUGUGUUGGAACAUAUCUUGAAAUUCAAACUGGUCAGUCAGUUUAUAUUCACUGUGGUAAUAAAAACAUAGAAUUGAAAAGAUUAACACGAUGUGAUAUAGCAUGCGGAGAUGGAUGGUCUGGAGCAUUCUGUGACAAAAGAGAUUGUGCUGCGUACAAUGGGCAUUGUGGCGAUCAUUUGAACUGCAACGUAGUAAAACUAAUAGGGAAAUCGUAUAGCGAAUGUGUUUGUCCAUACGGAAAGUACAGAACUGUUCAGUGGGAAUGUGAAGAUUUGCCGCUUAAGAAUGUAGCGUUCAGAAAGAGAGUUGAGACCGUCCCACGACUUGAAACUAUUCAAACAGAGUAUCUGGUCGAUGGUCACAUCAUAGGAAAUCCCUCCAAUCCCGUUUUUCAGUCAAAAGAUGACAUAUUAAUUACUGUACAUCUUGACACUUUAUACAAAGUACAAUACGUAGUUGUCUAUCACAGGCCGAAUUUCAUUGAUAUUGACUCGACGAUCUGUGCUAAUCCACCAAAGCGCGUAACAUGUAAGUUUCCAGAUUUUAAAUCAAAGUAUGUCUUCAUUUUUCCUGAAGUUUUGGAAAGGACCAAUUAUACGGCGGUUGAUGAAAUCGAAGUCUACGCAGAUGACAGUUUGCGAGAAUAUUAUUACGUGGGAUGUUAUGGAACGUUCAUCAGUGAGUACACCUUGGAAUCGAAAAAACUAACAUUUGCUGAAUGCACAAAGUUCUGUGAACAGUAUCAGGACCCCAUGUUGAUUAUCGGCCUGGCGAACGCGAGUGAGUGUCAUUGCGGUUUGUCAGCCGGUGAGCCAAGUGAAUCAAUUAAUUGCGGCUUAACUUGUCACGAUGACCUACCUUGUGGCGGCCAUGUUUAUGUUGCAUAUAUAAAACAAUCUAAGAUUUUUACGAUAGUUUUCCAAAUUUCAGCUGAAAGGCCAAUACCAAGAUACGUUGGUUGUUACUCUGAUAACUUGAAACAAAAGAACAAGGUGAUUUUAGUUAGUCAGGGAGUCGCAUAUAAAUCUUGCUUGGUGCAGUGCAGGACACAAAACUCCAUUGAAUUUGCCAUAAUGGGUUCAACUCAAUGCAUGUGCGGGAAUUUGAUAAAUGCCUCGGAACAAGUUGCCACAUCUAAAUGCAAUAGGGAGUGUGAAGAAGGAGAAGCCUGUGGGGGCGACCAACAGUUUUCCGUAUAUAAAAUUUUCUCGAGGUAUGAAGCAAGCAUUGAACGUCACUUCUGCCUGGACAAUUCUGCCGGAUCUCCCGAUUGCAAACCAGGAAGGUGUGAUCCUGGUUGGACUGGACAACUUUGCAACAAGAGAGAAUGUUCCGUAAAUAAUGGUGCAUGUCCGAAAGACUUUUUCUGCUCAAAAGUUUUCGUUGGCCCCGACAUAACAUCUGAAUGUCGGAGAACCGUCAAUUAUACUUCAGCUCUUGAGAAUGAAACUGGGAUCACUGUGGUAUCAGUUUGGCCAAACCAGUCACAUUGGAUCGCUUUGAUCAUUGCUGGAUCAUUUUUAUCGCUCCUCUUAAUGUCAAUUGGAUCCACCGUUGCUUACGUGAAGAUGAAACAUCCAGAUAUGUAUGUAAAAAAAGUUCAACAAGUGAAAGAUUUGAAAUCAAAAGUUGGCGACAAACUGUCUAAAUCAAUCAAACCAAAAAAAGAAAAAACCGUCAAAGCUAAAGAUGAAAAAACAGUUGGAUCCGAUAAGGGCGCCAAAACUAUGGAUGCGAAAGCAGCCUACAUUGAAAAAACAGCUGCUCCAGUCUCAACUACUGCAAAGGCCUCUGCCACAUCAUCAGACGAAGAAAGUGAUGAUGAAAGUGAAUAA